UGGUGUUGUGGAUCUAUCAAAGAAUAAAGUAUGGUCCCGUCCGAUCGAGAUCUCCCGUCCCGGCAAGCGUUACGAUCUCCGCUCCGCGAACCCAAUCAAAAUCAAAACUUACCAACCAACCUUCAAUCUUUAACCUUCGAUCCACCCUCCCCCACACUCUUCAAUCGGCUUGACAGGUAUUAACAUGCCAAAGAGUCGACCAUGUUUCGCCCUUCUAUAACCAAACCGCUGGUCCGCCAAGCCCCCUUAUCCUUCUUCACGCCCUCCGCGUUCCUCCCCGCGUGUCCUCCGCCCGCAACCUCGCCGUUCUCCUUCUCUCGCGCCCUCUCGACUUCUGCUCCCUCUAGAUUUUUUCGGUCUUCGAAUCGCCCCUUCCAGUCCCUCUCACAAACAUUGCAUCGUGGUCAUCGCCGACCGUUCUCCAGCGCCGGCCCGCGAUGGAAUAGAUACCAGCGGUUCGGCGACGGUCAGCGCCCCCUCGUUAUCGAGGAUCAUAAUGCAGGGAGAAAGGUGAUCAUAGUAGUCUGCAUAGCCGGCGGAUUCUAUGCAUACAACCUAGAAGAUGUGGAGAUGACCGGUCGCCGGCGUUUCAACUGCUUCUCCCACGCGCAGGAGCUCAAGGUGGGUAUGCAGAGCUACGAGGAAUUGCUGGAGGAGAACCACGGCCAUAUCCUUCCCUACGACCAUCCGCUCUCCCAAAAGGUCGACGCCGUUUUGCAACGGUUGAUUCCAGUGGCGCCGCUUGAGGGUGCUAGUUGGAGGGUUCAUGUCAUUGACGAUAUCAACACCCCCAAUGCCUUCGUGCUUCCUGGCGGCAAGGUCUUUGUCUACACGGGAAUCUUACCCUACUGCCAGAAUGAGGACGGGUUGGCGGCGGUGCUCGGCCACGAGAUUGCCCACGUGCUGGCCCACCACCCCGCUGAGCGUAUGAGUAACAGUUUGAUUGCCAUGGUGGCCGCCACGGGCGUUUCGUUCCUGUUCGACAUCUCGGGACAGAUUCCGGCCAUGAUGCUGAGUUUGGUGUAUCGCCUGCCGAACUCACGGGUCCAGGAGGCCGAAGCCGACAGCAUCGGGCUGACGUUAAUGGCCAAAGCCUGCUUCAAUCCGGAGGAGGCCUAUAGCCUUUGGUCCCGCAUGGAGCAACGAGGGGCCUCGGAACCCCCGCAAUUCCUGUCCACGCAUCCGUCGAAUUACAACCGGAUGGAGUCCAUCCGUGAACAAUUGUUCAAAGCGCAGUCCAUAUACGAAGACAGCGGUUGCCAAAUCCUCGGUGGAUUCGUGCCGGAUUUUGAAGAGGCUUACAGCCAGAUGAGUUAGCAGAAUGAAUGUACAGAUCGCCAUCUCGUGUAUCAUAAAAUAUGCCGUCGAUGCAAGAGCGAGAGCAGUAUUGGAAGCAUGCACUUGGCACUGUAAGAUACUAAGUAUAGCUGAUGUUGGGAUUGUACGUAUUAUACUCGACACGACGGUCUCGUUUGCGCUCACUUGAGGUAUAUUGCAAAAUUGUGG